AGCUUUUGGGCUUAAGCCGUUCUUUCCUAUUUGUCCUAUCUUAGAUCGGACAGGUGGAGCACCACACUUUUUGGGGGAGCCUUUGCACUCAACCAGAAUGAACUUCAGCUGUUCGAUUGCAGCUUUGCUCUCUGCACUUGGCCUUGUCGGCUUGGUCAGCCUGGGACAUGUCUAUCGGCAUCAAUUCCAGUUCCUUGGCCGCCUUGGCCAGCCAGUGGACGAGGAAGCUGAAUGGCCAAUGAAGAAGUGGCAUGAGAAGUGGCACAAGUCUAUGGGCGAGCGCUGGAUGUGCAAGGAGAGGUGCGCUGGAGAUGAGGAGUGUAUCUCCAAAUGCCCAAAGCCAUGGCUCCACAUGCAAGAGAAGUGUGCAGAAGGCAUGGGCAUCGUCAAGUGCCACCGCAUGUGUGGCGAUGACCUGCAGUGCCACAACACUUGCCCUUUGCCAAAGUGCCCUAAGAUGGCGGCGAAAGUGAAGGGCAUCAUGCAGUGCAAUGUGGAUUGUGGCUCGGACCUCCAAUGCCGGGAGGUUUGCAACCGCCCGGUAGUGAAGUUUGUGCAGAAGUGUGGGGUCCUCACCAAGUCGGGGGAUUGCCACAAAAUGUGCGGAAGAGACCGUGCUUGUCAUGAGCAGUGCCCCAAGGUUUUCCCCGAGGCUCUUCCUGUAAACCCUGACGUCAAGCCUGACUUCCAGCACUUUCAGCCUCAGCCUCCGCCUGCCGAGAUGAUGGCAUUGAGGUUCCGGGCAUGCCAGGCCAGAUGCAGUGGAGACGUGGGAUGCAUGGAGAAGUGUCCCAAGCCUUUUUGGCUUCAGUUCCAGAAGACGUGCCACGAGAUGGUUCCCAUCAUGGAAUGUCAUCGCAUAUGUGGUCGUGACCAUGAAUGCCACAAGACCUGCCCACUGCCAAGCUGCCCACACAUGAGGGCAAAGAUUGAGGCAUCCCUGCAAUGCCAUGGACACUGCCAAUGGGAUCGUCAGUGUCAUCACCGGUGCCCCAACCCCAUGGCUGGUCUCCAGAUGAAGUGCCAAUCCUUUGAGGAAGCACAAAAAUGCCAUGUCAUGUGCACGGACCAUGAGUGCCACCACCAAUGCCCAAAGGCGGGUCUUUGGAAGCUUUUCCAUCAUGGACAUGACCAUGGCUACCACCAUGGCUUCCACCACGACCAUGGCUUCCACCAUGAGCACGGCUUCCACCACGACCAUGGCUUCCAUCACGACCAUGGCUUCCACCACGACCAUGGCUUCCACCACGACCAUGGCUUCCACCAUGAGCACGGCUUCCACCACGACCAUGGCUUCCACCAUGAGCACGGCUUCCACCAUGAGCACCACGGCCAUGAUCACUUUGACCACCAUGCUGAGCAACAUGGUGGACAACAAAAGGACCAAGAACCUAUGCCGCCCAUGCCGCCCCUUUCCUUGCGAGGAUCGCAGCCAGAGAUUCAGGCAUUCAUCACUUGUCGUGACAAGUGUCACGGUGACAUGGGGUGCUGGAAGAUGUGCGACUCUACUUGGUGGGAAUUGAAGAAAAGCUGUGCAGAGGUGGAGCCAAUCAUGGAGUGCCACCACAAAUGUCACCACGAUUCCUCCUGCCACCGCUCCUGUCCUUAUCCUUCUAUGCCGUGGCUCCAUGAGAAGGUGGUCGCAUCCAUGCAUUGCCACCAUGAGUGUGGCGCAGAUUUCGGAUGCCACCGCAACUGCAAAUGCCCCUUUGGUGAGAUGAAGGAGAAGUGCUCCUUGUUGGGACCAAAUGUUGGUGAAUGGAAGAAGGUGACCACUGUCAACGUCUAACAUCCCAUCACUUCAAAUGGGUCCUGAAGACCUUCAUUGGCCUCGACUGAUCGAGUGCUCGGCACAAAUGCAAUGUACAGGAGGACGUCACUCCGACAGGCGCAGCUGUAGUGAGCAGCAUCGUGCAUGUCUCUUGGUAGCUCUUCAUCCGCCUCGCAUUGGUGUCAAUAGGUCAGUGGGCGAGACUUAGAACGUAGAACUGCAGACCUGAGUG